AUGCCGUUUCUGGUGAUGGACUCGGAGGAGACCUUCUCGGUGACUUCGUCCACCGAUGAGCCCACCAUUAACGAUACCAUUGUUAUCACUUGCAAGGCCAGUAUCAUUGAGUAUGAACAAUUACACUGGGUCACCGUGCCUAAUCAGCUCAGUCAUAAAUCAGAAACCACAACUAGCAAUAACACCUUUUCACUCUCGUCAUCAAUUCUGCUGCGCCUGGUUCAAAUAAACGAUUCGUCCAUAUUUGAAUGUGCUGCUACUCGAAGGAGUGGAGAAAGUGAACGCAAGCACAUCUACCUGACUGUCAAAAAUGUAUCUUCGCCUUCGUUUGUAGACACCAAUUUGGACAAUGAGAUCAUUGAAAAGGAGUACAACUCGCAGUUUGAGCUUCGCUGCUACAUAAACGGUCGUCCAACGCCUGCUUUGUCAUGGUACCGAGAUGACAGGGAGAUCAUCACCAAGCAAGACUCGGGCAUUCGAACUGAAGAUCGCGGUCAGCGGCUAAUCUUUUCGCGCUUGCUGGGCAAAGAUGCGGGCACCUAUGAAUGCCGCGCAGGGAACCGUGCAGGAAGCAUUGCCAGGCGUACUCUGCUGAAGGUCAAGGGAACUGAUGGUUUUGAGGACACUAUACAGAUAAGCGAAAUUAUCGUCAUCAUCUUUCUGUCUCUCAUUGCCUUCACAAUGCUUUUGAUGGCACUGUGCAUUGGCAAGCGAAGUCGAGAAGCAAAGUUGGCCAAAAGGGAUCUGGAGUUUUUCUCUUCAAAGAUCUUUGAGAACGGCCAAAUGGAGCUGUUCAAUCCAGAGAUGCCGCUCGAUGAGCAGAUUGAUCUCUUGCCGUAUGAUUCGCGAUUUGAGUUUCCCAAAGAGCGCCUUCGCCUCGGUCGAACUCUCGGUCAGGGCGCCUUUGGCCGGGUGGUAAAGGCUGAAGCCAUUGGACUUGAAAAUGAAAACUCUUCCACUACGGUUGCUGUGAAAAUGCUUAAAGAGCGUGCUGAUACCAAUCAGCGAAAAGCGCUGAUGGCUGAACUGAAGAUUCUGAUCCACCUCGGACGGCAUUUAAACAUCGUCAAUCUGCUCGGAGCAGUUACCAAGAACAUAGUCAAAGGCGAACUGUUGGUGAUUGUCGAGUACUGCGAGUUUGGAAACUUGCGACACUUUCUCCUCUCAAACCGAGAAACAUUUAUCAACGAGCUUGAGCCGGGGUUCGAUGAAGGUCAGCUGGAUUACCAGAAUGUGGACUUUUCCCAUGUGAACAGCGACAUGCAGAGUGUGCCCUCAACGCCUUCCUCUCCCACCACGCCACACUCUCCCGUACUGAUCAAUGAUUACAUUAACACUAAUGGCAAUGGUCUUGCUGGCGGUGGUGGUCGUGUCUCCCAGUUGGCCUACUACAAUCACAACUAUGUCAGUGGCGUCAAUUCGUUUACGACCUCGUUCACCUUCCGCAAGCAACGAUCUCAGCGGAGGGUUUGCACUUCAGAUUUGAUCUGCUUUGCAUUUCAGUGCGCUCGUGGAAUGGAGUACUUGACUUCUCGAAAGCUUAUACACCGGGAUUUAGCAGCACGAAACGUACUUUUGGCUAGCAAUAAUGUGGUAAAGAUUUGCGACUUUGGCCUAGCCAAGGACGUGUACAAGUACGACAACUACGUAAAGAAAGACAACGGACCUUUGCCGAUCAAAUGGAUGGCUAUUGAGUCAAUCAGUGACAAAAUAUUUACUUCAAAAAGCGAUGUCUGGUCUUUUGCCAUUCUGCUGUGGGAGAUUUUCACUCUUGGCAAAAACCCGUAUCCAGGAAUUGAAAUUGAUGAAGAGUUUUAUAAGCGUCUCAAAGCCGGCUACCGAAUGGAGAAACCUGAAUUUGCUUCUGAUAGAAUAUAUGGCCUCAUGUCUAAGUGCUGGGCUGCCAGUCCAAAUGAGAGACCAGAUUUUGGCGAGAUUGUCACGAUUAUUGGCGAUCUAAUGGACGACAAAGUGCGACAGCACUACAUUGAUCUCAACAAUCCGUACUCUGAAAUGAACCAGCAGAUUUUCAGUAAUUUACCUGAAGACUACCUGAAGAUGACCUCAAUGACGAGUGGGUACGCCGAGGAUUACUUGAAGAUGAAUGAUGACAGCGCAAAUGGAGGCUUUGUGGUCAUGCAACAGCAAACGGUCCAAAUGAUGGACGAGCAGAACAACAACUCUGCUGCUGUGGCGUCGGCAAAAGGCGAUCCGCCAGCUCCGUCCGGGACGUUGACGAUACCAGCUGAACAUGAACCGGUUGAAAUGAUUAGCAUGCAAAACCUAAACCAUUGCUCACUGCCUGAAGAGGACGAGGAGCGUGAAGAAGGGCUGGAGGUAUCACCAGACCUGACAAUGCACUACGACAAUUUAGACCAAGUUGUGGUGAAGCACCGCGAAGUUCAGUCUAAUGGCUCCUUGAAACACUCGUGCACGCAAAUAAACCACCACUACGUCAGCCAGCCAAUACAGCAAACCAUUCUCUAG